AUGGCGGCGGCCGCUGCAGCGGUGGGUGUCAGGCUCCGAGACUGCUGCAGCCGGGGCGCUGUGCUCCUGCUCUUCUUUUCCCUAUCCCCUCGGCCCCCGGCCGCCGCCGCCUGGCUACUGGGCCUGCGGCCCGAGGACACCGCCGGAGGCCGCGUGUCCCUAGAGGGGGGCACCCUGCGCGCCGCGGAAGGCACCAGCUUCCUCCUGCGAGUCUAUUUCCAGCCCGGGCCCGCGGCGCCCGCGGCGCCGGUACCUGCACCCACCUUUUCCCCGGGGGAGAACAGCACCGGCGACUGGGCUCCACGACUCGUGUUUAUCGAGGAGCCUCCGGGAGGGAGCGGCGCGGCGCCCAGCGCUGUGCCCACGCGCCCCCCGGGGCCGCAGCGCUGCCGCGAGCAGAGCGACUGGGCAUCGGACGUGGAGGUCCUGGGGCCCCUGCGCCCCGGAGGCGUGGCGGGCUCAGCCCUAGUCCAGGUGCGGGUGCGGGAACUCCGCAAGGGCGAGGCGGAGCGAGGCGGCGCGGGCGGUGGCGGGAAGCUCUUCUCGCUGUGCGCCUGGGACGGGCGCGCCUGGCACCACCACGGCGCCGCCGGCGGCUUCCUGCUGCGCGUCCGCCCGCGGUUGUACGGCCCCGGCGGGGACCUGCUGCCCCCCGCCUGGUUGCGGGCGCUCGGAGCACUCCUGCUGCUCGCCCUGUCUGCCCUGUUCAGCGGCCUACGCCUGAGCCUGCUCUCGCUGGACCCGGUGGAGUUACGGGUGCUGCGGAACAGCGGCUCGGCCGCCGAGCAGGAGCAGGCGCGCCGAGUGCAGGCCGUGCGCGGCAGGGGGACCCAUCUGCUCUGCACCCUGCUCCUGGGCCAAGCCGGAGCCAACGCGGCCCUGGCGGGCUGGCUGUACGCCUCGCUGCCGCCGGGCGUCGGGGGCACCGGGGAGGACUACGGCGACGCGGGAAUUCACUUCCCGUGGCUGCCGGCGCUCGUGUGCACCGGCGCGGUGUUCCUGGGCGCCGAGAUCUGCCCCUACUCCGUGUGUUCGCGGCACGGGCUGGCCAUCGCCUCGCACAGCGUGUGCCUGACCCGGCUUCUGAUGGCGGCCGCCUUCCCCGUGUGCUACCCACUGGGCCGCCUGCUCGACUGGGCGCUGCGCCAGGAGAUCAGCACCUUCUACACGCGGGAGAAGCUGCUGGAGACGCUGCGAGCCGCGGACCCUUACAGCGACCUGGUCAAAGAGGAGCUCAACAUCAUCCAGGGCGCCCUGGAGCUGCGCACCAAGGUGGUGGAGGAGGUGCUGACCCCCCUCGGGGACUGCUUCAUGCUGCGCUCCGACGCGGUGCUGGAUUUCGCCACCGUCUCCGAGAUCCUGCGCAGCGGUUACACGCGCAUCCCCGUAUACGAGGGCGACCAGCGGCACAACAUUGUGGACAUUCUGUUUGUCAAGGACUUGGCCUUCGUGGACCCCGACGACUGCACGCCGCUCCUCACUGUCACCCGCUUCUACAACCGGCCCCUACACUGCGUCUUCAACGAUACCCGGCUGGACACGGUGCUGGAGGAAUUUAAGAAGGGAAAGUCUCACCUGGCCAUUGUCCAGCGGGUGAAUAAUGAGGGAGAAGGGGACCCCUUCUAUGAGGUGAUGGGCAUCGUCACACUGGAGGACAUCAUAGAGGAGAUCAUCAAGUCGGAGAUCCUGGAUGAAACUGACCUCUACACAGACAAUCGGAAAAAGCAGAGGGUCCCACACAGGGAGAGGAAGCGGCACGACUUCUCCUUGUUUAAGCUUUCCGACUCGGAGAUGAGGGUGAAGAUCUCACCGCAGCUUCUGCUGGCCACGCACCGCUUCAUGGCCACAGAAGUGGAGCCGUUUAAGUCUCUGUACCUCUCGGAGAAGAUCCUGCUCCGGCUCUUGAAACAUCCCAACGUGAUUCAGGAGCUGAAGUUUGAUGAGAAGAACAAGAAGGCCCCAGAACACUACCUCUAUCAGCGCAACCGCCCCGUGGACUACUUUGUGCUGCUUCUGCAGGGUAAAGUGGAGGUGGAGGUUGGUAAGGAAGGCCUUCGCUUCGAGAACGGAGCCUUCACCUACUAUGGUGUCCCAGCCAUCAUGACCACUGCUUGCUCAGAUAACGAUGUGCGGAAGGUUGGAAGUCUGGCUGGAUCCUCUGUCUUUCUAAACCGGUCCCCUUCCCGCUGCAGUGGGUUGAACCGCUCGGAGUCUCCGAACCGUGAGCGCAGCGACUUUGGGGGGAGCAACACCCAGCUAUGCAGCAGCAGCAACAACCUCUACACGCCCGACUACUCGGUCCACAUCCUCAGCGACGUGCAGUUCGUGAAGAUCACACGGCAGCAGUACCAGAACGCGCUCACCGCCUGCCACAUGGAGAGCUCACCCCAGUCCCCCGACAUGGAGGCCUCCACGACCCGGGGCACACCCCAGACUCCCAAGGAUGACCCUGCGGCCACCCUCCUGAGCCACCGGAGCAGCCUGCCGUGCAGCCGCUCAGAUGGGCUGAGAAGCCCCGGCGAGGUCGUGUACCUGCGGAUGGAGGAGAUGGCCUUCACCCAGGAGGAAAUGACCGACUUUGAGGAGCAGAACACGCAACAGCUCUCGCUGUCUCCUGCCGCUGUGCCCGCUAGAGCAGCAUCAGAUAGUGAAUGUUGUCAUAUCAACCUGGACACAGAGACCAGCCCCUGCAGCAGCGACUUGGAGGAAACCAUGGGCAAGAAGUUGCUGAGAACCUUGAGUGGUCGAAAAAGGAAGAGGUCACCAGAUGGAGAGAGAACCUCUGAGGAGAACUCCAACUUAACGCCUCUCAUCACAUGACAGGGCUAUCGGCAUCCACUGGGGGCGUGAGAUUCCAGAGCUCUGGGGAGAACCCAUCCUCCCGUCGUCUGCUUCUCCCCAAGGCCUCCCACUGGUGACAGAGCGUACUGCUUUCUUUACCACCUCUUCACCCCUAGCCGUCAGUGUGGCAGAUUUUCUCUCAUCACCUCCAGUUUGACUCAGAGCCUUGCGGUGGCUGUGACGGAAAGAGGUGCCUCAAUGGAACAUGCUAAAAAUGAUCUCGUCCACAGCACAGUCUGGGACUGCAGAAGAAAUGACCCCAGGCUGACAAUGCCACUCUAGGACCCCUGAUGCACUUCCUGUUCCUUGGUGUCCCUUGGCACCAUAUUUCAUGCUUCCCUUAGGUCAAAAGGUGCCACUGGCAGGUGAGAACAAAGGAGGCUGGGGCAGCAGGUAGGAGAGUUAGUUCGGGAGACGUACCAAGAAUUUCUCCAGAACAUUAGAGCAGCGGGACUCAGUCAUGCUGCCAUGUGACGUUACAGGACAGAAAACUGUUGGUGACCAGUUUCCUGUUAGAAGAGGGUUCCAGCAGCCUGGGAGGUGUGUCUCAGCUGGAAUGAAAAGAAUGUAAGAUGGAACCUCAAGUCACUGUAUUUCCCAGGGACACAUCUGUUUUGGCUCCUGAUUAGUAGUCAUCAGUCCAUCAGUAAAUCUGCUCUGGAAGAGGAGGAGCAAGGAGAAGAGAAACCCAUUUGGGAGCCAGAGAUGGAACUUCAGGUUUUAAAUUCCAAAUAUAUAUAUAUAUAUGUGGAAAAGUUUUAGCCAUGAAAAGCCAAAGAGUGCCCAGGUCAGCCAAGAAGGAUGCAAGCUCUCAUGCAGCUUCAGUGUGUAUUACACUGGAACAUUGAAGAAUCACUCUUCUGUUUUUGUCCAUUCCUCCACCCCCACCCUUUCCUCCACUCCAUCAAAUCAGCUGAGUGUACUUUAUUCCUAGAACAUACCAGAUCUCUGAAUAAAGUACCAGAGAGAGCUGGUACAUUCAACACCAUUUUCACCUGAUGUCGGGCUUCCGUUGUGGCUCAGCUGGUGAAGAUCCGCCUGCAAUGCGGGAGACCUGGGUUCGAUUCCUGGGUUGGAGAUCCCCUAGAGAAGGGAAAGGAUACCCACUCCAGUAUUCUGGCCUGGAGAAUUUCAUGGACUGUGUAGUCCAUGGGGUCGCAAAGAAUCCUUCGUAUGCAACUGAGCAACUUGAACCUCACUUCACUUCACUUGGGACAGGUGCAAUUCCAAGCAUAACCACCAGAUGGCAGGAUGACUGCACAGACCUGCUUGAAGAGUAAACUGAUGAGAAACCACAGAGCCAGCCUUACAGAAUGUGUGGAAGGAAGUGAAGGUUGUCUUUGGGACACCUGUAUCCCUUUCUGAUGUAUAUCCCACCCACUGGGUUCCCUAGAUCAGGAAUCCAGUAAUCCAGUGCUCAUCUCAAAACCAUUCCCUAACUUUUCUUUGGGGAUGUAAUUCUCAGGCUUCCCUCAUCUUCCUCCAAAACCAUUACUCCCACUUCCCCAAACCCAUUCAAUCAAUAAUCACAUAGAGGGUGGAGAGACUGAUAAUUCCUCUGGGUUAUUUGCAUCUCAAAAGAAAAUGCUUACCCACGGGAACCUUUACCUCAGGGGUUCUUAACUUGGGGUCCGUCACUCCAGGGGGUCCAUUGUUGGACUUCAGAGGGUCUAUGAAACCCCUAACUCUGUCAGAAUUUAGUGUCUGCCUUCUUAUGUGUGUUUUCCAGAGGGCUAAAGCUUUCAUACGAUUCUAAAAGUUCUCAGACCCACAGAGUAUUAAAAUCCACUGUUUAACUAGUGGAACUUUCAGCCCAGAGUUUCUGCAAUGCAGAAUGAAGUGAAUACUUGGUAGUUUGAGACAGAUUUUUAGUUGUAAAUGGUCUUCCCAAGUGUCCAUCAAAUCCGUGGCGAAAGCUGGCACCCACCAAGUGGAAGUCGUCAGAAGUCCUUGGCAUACCCUAUGGUAUUUACAGCGUACACCCACGUAACUUGGUCCCCACCAAACCCCAACAGGUGUCUGCAGACAGGAGGGGCACAGCAUGUGGAAGUGGACUUUGCCUUUUUCAGCAGUGUAUUAUUGACUUCACAUCCUUUGCCUGGCCCUGCCUGAGGCUCAGCAGUGCAUGACUUCUCGUAAAUAACUCACAGCUACCACCCACCCCCAACACCUACCCUUGCCUGGCAGAAACAGCCAAAGUGUCAGCCCUUGGUGCUGGGUGCCUCUGACCCAAACCGGUGAAUGCUGUUUCAAACAAGGUGUGCAGUCACGCAGUCUUCUUGCCCAGCUGGCCACUGGCCCAAGGGUUCCGCCUGGCUAGUCUUCCUUUCAUUACCCCUUAGGCCACUGCUGUUGCUUUACACCCGUCUCUUUGCAAAAUCCCUAAGGAGCCUGUCACCACUCCUGCCCCUUUACCCAACCCCAUCCCAAGAUUUUCUUCAGGUUACAAAAAAAAGUUAAAAAAAAAAAAAGAGGAUUUUGAAAUAAAGUAUU